CCUCAGCCGGGAGCCGCCAUGUCCGUGGCGUUCGUGCCCGAGCGGCUGCGCGGGAAGGCGGAGGUCAACCAGGACACGCUGCAGCGGCUGCUGGAGGAGAACGAUCAGCUGAUCCGGUGCAUCGUGGAGUACCAGAGCAAGGGCCACGCCACCGACUGCGUGCAGUACCAGCAUAUCCUGCACAGAAACCUCAUUUAUUUAGCUACAAUUGCUGAUGCCACUCCGCCCAACACGCAGAAGCCUGUAGACUGACUGCAAUACCUGGACGUGAGCAGUGCUGCUUUCAGAGUAGAAAUAGUUUAGAGUCCCACUUUGAGAGCCAAGAAAGUCUGGGUUUGAAAAAUUCAGGUAAAAAGUGAUCUGUACUUCCGUGUUUAAAAUGUUAAUGUUGUUUUCAGUGUAGUAUUCAGCCAGCUUUUCCCCUGUUACUGUAACUAACACAGUUUAAGAAUGAGAAUUAUCACAUUCCCUUUUCCCUCUGAAAAACUCAGUGUACUUCAGGACAGCACGCCCAUUUCAUGAGUAUGGUUCUGUAAUAACAAGGUAAAUGUUACACUACGUGACUCCUACCUCCAACGUGUUGGGCAAUUCCAAAGCUGGACAUAUGUUCCAUAUCUAAAAGCAGUAGACUCUUUUGUAUCCUGUAUCAGAAUAACUGUGCUAAAUAAAGAUGUUAUUUGUAAAUUG